AUGACCUUCUUCGGCGAUCACCUCACACUAACGUUUCUCCCGGUCAGCCUCAGCCAAACUGAACUUGGCUUCCACCCGCACAAAGGCCUCCCUCUAAGCUCCACGCGCCCCCCGGGCCUCUCCACACCGUGUGCCCGCGUCUGGGAACACAGUCCUGAUGCCCGUGAGCACAGGAGGCUGCCUCUCCAAGUUCUCCAGUGGAGGGGACGUCCACAGCUCUCCCGAUGCAAAUUUUCCAUCUGCCCUUCAAAAUUCAGGGCGGGCCACGUGGCCAGUGAGAGGUCUCUGCAGAGUGACAGCAAAUCCAUGUGGGCCGGCACUGCCGUCAGGCCGCCUCAGACACCACUAGGCUGGAUCGUGAUGAGCGCGCAGGACGAGGCCUUUGUCACGCGCCUUGUAGAGCCAUUUAAGGGGUCUCCGGCAGAUUGCAGCUGGAAGGAACGUCGUAGAUUCGGGAUGGCGCUCAGAAGAGCAUGUGAAGUGCUCAGGUUGCUCCGAAGCGAUGCGGCGCCACGGGCAGCGGCUGAGUCUAGAGCUGUGCCCCCCAGGGAGCCAUGCCCCUUAGGCGGGGAGGGGACGGUGGACACAAGCGAGGGCGGCUUGCUGGCAGACGCAGAGUAA